AUGAAGGUCGUCAUGUUUUUGGCGUUCGCCUGUUUUGCCUUAGCAAAUGUCUCAGGAUAUCUACAUGGCCAUAACAAUGGUGGCAAUGGAAAUAAUGGAGAAAGAUACAAUGGAAAUCGUUAUAACGGAGAAAUAUAUGCUGAUAAUGAAGAGGAUAAAUAUGAUAAUGGACUUAACGAAGAUAAUGUAUAUUACAAUCGUGGAUACGAUGAAACUGAAACCAGAAAAACGGAAAAAGCUACUACCAAGAAAGUAGAAAUAACGGAGAAAGAUAGAUAUGACAACGGAGGGGAUAAAUAUGACAAUCAUGGACACGACGACUUUGAACAUGUUCAAACGGAAGUAGAUAUUAAGGAAGUGGUAAGAAAAGAGAAAGAAAGUUAUGCUCUUAACGGAGGGGAUGAAUAUGGCAAUGUUCACGACGACUUUGAACAUGAUCAAACGGAAGUAGAUAUUCAGGAAGUGGUAAGAAAGGAGAAAGAAAGUUAUGAUCAUAACGUAGGGGAUCGAUAUGGCAAUGUUCACGACGACUUUGAACAUGAUCAAACGGAAGUAGAUAUUCAGGAAUUGGUAAGAACGGAGAAAGAAACUUAUGCUCUUAACGAAGGGGAUAGAUAUGGCAAUGUUCACGACGACUUUGAACAUGAUCAAACGGAAGUAGAUAUUCAGGAAGUGGUAAGAAAGGAGAAAGAAAGUUAUGCUCUUAACGAAAGGGAUAGAUAUGGCAAUGGACAUGACGACUUGGAACAUGAUCAAACGGAAGUAGAUAUUCAGGAAGUGGUUAAAAAGGAGAAAGAAAGUUAUGUUCAUAACUUGGAUGGAUAAAUAUGGCAUGUUCACAGCGAUUGGAAAGAAGCAAGACAGAUACAAUGGAAAUGAGACGUUGACGAAACCAUGAAAAUAAUUAUAAAAACGGAAACUAAGAUUACGAAAAUGGCAAUU